AUGCUGGGGCAGCAGCUGCAGCAGGGCCCGGCCCAGCCGGUGCCGCCCCCUCCUCCUCCUCCCCUCCCUCCUCCGCCGUUGCUGUCGGGGGGCGCGGCGGCUGCUGCGGCUGCGGCGGCGGCGGCUGCGGCGGGUCUCCUGGGCGGGGAGCGGGGCCGGCUGCUGUCGGUGUACGUGCAGGACUACCUGGAGUGCGUCGAGUCGCUGCCGCUCGACAUGCAGCGGAACGUGUCGGCGCUGCGGGAGAUCGACACCAAGUACCAAGAGGCCCUGAAGGAGAUGGACGACGUGUACGAGAAGUACAAGAAGGAGAGCGAGGCGGGCCCCAAGAAGCGGUUGCAGCAGCACCUGCAGCGCGCGCUCAUCAACAGCCAGGAGCUGGGCGACGAGAAGAUCCAGAUCGUCACGCAGAUGCUGGAGCUGGUGGAGAACCGGGCCCGGCAGGUGGAGGCCCACUCCCAGCGCCUCCGGGACCCCGCCGACGGCCCCCGGCCCGACCCCGGCCCGCCCGAGCGGGCCUCCCGCCGGCCCCGCCGCCAGCGGCCCGGCGAGCCGGCCCCCCCGGCCGACGGGCCGGACGACGAGGCGGACGGCGGGCCCCCGCCCAGGGAGAAGCGCUCCAAGGCGGCCAAGAAGAAGAAGCGGUCCCGGGCCCGGCCGGAGCGGGAGGCCUCCCCCGUGGAGUUCGCCAUCGACCCCAACGAGCCCACCUACUGCCUCUGCGACCAGGUGUCCUACGGGGAGAUGAUCGGCUGCGACAACGACCAGUGCCCCAUCGAGUGGUUCCACUUCUCCUGCGUGGCCCUCACCUACAAGCCCAAGGGCCGCUGGUACUGCCCCCGCUGCCGGGGCGACAGCGAGAAAACCAUGGACAGGACCGCCGACAAGACAAAAAAGGACCGGCGAUCCAGGUAGUGACCGCUUUUAGAGGCUCCCUCGUCUUUUACGGACCGUCCGCCCCCCCCGUCCCGCCCCCCCAUCUCCGCCGCCCACGAGGACGUUUUAGCAGGCGUGCGUACGGCCGCGCGCCACUUUUUCAGCGCCGGUGUUCACGGGGUAUUAAAAGUCGUGGUACUUGGCGUGCGCCCGUCAUUUCCGGCCUCAGGUGGGGGUCGG